AUGUCGGCUGCAUCCACCAAGAAGCCCCCUUCCGGCGGUGUGGGCCGAGUAUCUGCUACAGAAGCAGGCACCACAUCGCCAGGAGCUUCGCCCUCACGAACCACCGCCCCAAGAUCGUCGACUCCCACGGGACACGUUCGUACGAGAUCGGUUCGAAGUGGCCCUCCUGUUUCUGCUCGCGCCGCAGUCCGCAGAGACUCUGCCGAUGCUCGAGCGGAGGCCGCCUCUGCCCUCGAGGACCUCCAACAGCGCCUUGAGAAGGAGGAAAAGCUCUCGGAGCAGUACAAGAAACAGUCCGAGGUGCUUCAAUCGAAGCUUGACGAGGCGCUUAGAGAUGCCGUCAAGUCGGAAGAGAAGCUUCACGAAUAUGAAGAACAGCACGAGGUUAUUGUGAACGACAUGAAGGAGGCCAAGCGCGAGAAGCGGGAGAUGGAGACCAUCUACGAAGCCGAGCGAAGCGCCAUUCUCAAGGAAAAGGAGGAGUUGGCAAAUAGAGAAGAAGAAAUGCAGACUGUGAUCCAACGGUUAAAGGACAGCCUGGCGCAGAGGAAUAAUUCCGAUGAUGAUGGCCGGCCAUCAAGGCAAGGCAACUCAUCGCCGUCCCUGGACGGUAGCAGCUUUGCGCCACCCUCCUCUCUGCAACGGAGUGAUUCUCGAAACACCUCAAAGCUCAUACUUCAAAAGGACAAGUUGAUCGAGUCCCUGCGAUUAGAGCUUGCUGAGUCACAAAUCAAGCUGGUCGAGUCGGAGAACCAGGGAGGCGGCAGGCUUCAAGAGGUCGAGCGCCUGCUCAUGGAAGCUCGCAUGGCCAACGCCCGCCUCAUGGAGGACAACGAGAGCUACCAACUCCUGCUUCAGGAAAGGACACUCAAGGGCGACUUUGGCCAGACCGACUUCAGCUACAUGAGCGCCGGUACCAACCAAGACGCGCUCAAUGCCCUGGAAGGCAAAACCGGCGGGUCCAGUCUGGCAGAUGAGCUAUCCGAUGCUACUGAGGCCGAAAGCGAGGCCUACCGCCGACUAGAAUCCGAUCUCAAAUCAAUGAGGGAGCAAAACAAGGCGCUCACGCUGUAUAUUAACAAGAUCAUUGAGCGCUUGCUGCAGCAUCAGGACUUUGAGUCCAUCCUGGACACGUCUGGGGAGGUCAAGACAGGUCCAAUAGAUAUUAACAAGGACCUUCCUGCACCGCCAUCCGGUGAGAAGCAGGCAAAUGGUGCCGCUGCACUGCUGCAGCGAGCCAAGUCUAUUGCCGUUGGUACUGGAAAGCCAAAGCCAAGGCCUCUAUCGUUCAUGCCAUCUGCAGCCAGCUCGGCUCAUACGGAUCCAGAGACGGCUCCCAGCAUUCCUAUUGGGAAUCUAGGGCGAUCUGCAAGCACGAGGCGAUCUCGGCCGCAGAGUGAUCAGUUCACUGGCGCCGCGAGUCUCGUCAGCCAGAUGUACAAAGGACCUGAUGGUCCCGCUUCGCCUCCCCUGGGCAACCCACGACACUCGCAUACUUUCUUUUCACCCCCAAACAUGACAAGCAACCCGACAGUCACAUCUCGUUAUCCCAGCGGAAGUCAAGCCUCAUCCGGGAACUUUCCCGGCAUGAGGAGCGAGACGUCAAGUAUCAGUGGAGAGUCGGGCGACAUGUCAACAUCCACACCGCCGUCUCAAUCACCACCGCGCUCACACAGCGACAAGCAGACGACAUUUGCGGGCGGCAAGCCACGUCCCCUGAGACUAGUCCAGGAGAAUCAAGAUGCGGUCAAGGACAAUAAACGAGCAAGCUGGUACACAGGCUGGAGCUGGGGCGGUAAGAAGGACGAAGCCCAACCCGGAGCACCCAUUCCCGAAUAA